AUGAAGGCAACAAAUCCACAACAGGUCAUCUUCGAGCUAAAGAAGAAAGUCGUCACUACCUUAAACAAGCUCGCUGAUAGAGAUACACACCAGAGAAGAGUCGACGAGCUCGAGAACACAGUCGAGCAUCUCGCACCAGACAAGAUCUCUUGCUUCCUCUCAUGUAAACUCGAUACUGACUCUGAGCAGAAGAGCGCCGUUCGCAAAGAGUGUAUCAGGUUAAUCGCUACUUUUGCUAGUUUUCAUGAAAGACUUGUUGCUCCGUAUCCCGCUAAGAUGGUCUCUAGUGUAGUUAAACGGCUCAAGGAUAAGGAUUCUGUUGUGAGAGACGCGUAUAUUGAAACUAUGGAUGUUUUGGCUUCCAAGAUGAGCUGCUACGAAGACGAGAGCUAUGGUGUUUUUGUUUCAUUGGUGAAGCCUCUUUUUGAAGCUAUUGGUGAUCAGAAUAAAGUUAUUGAUAGUAGUCCUGAAGCUCCUGUUGCGAUUAUACAACGCAUGCUUACUAAAACUGUGAAGCUGCUUAAUAGCCCGCAUUUCAUUGCGAAACCUGCGGUUAUUGAGCUUAAUAGAAGUAUCAUCCUGGCUGGUGGGGCAACAACGAAGAGUGUGCUUAUCUCAGCGAUGAGUAGCUUUCAAGAUGCGCUUAAAAACAAAGACUGGACAACUCGUAAGGCAGCCUAUGUAGCACUUAUGGAAAUAGCUGCAACUGGUGAAACCGGUGAGGGACUCAAUUCUCCUUGCCUUACAAUAUCCCUGGUUCUGAUAGUCAAGAGCCAUCCGAAACUGUAUCCUCCGUAAGAGAAAGUUAUAAUGGAACUCGAGGGGAUGGUGAUCUUUUCAGCACUAGUGACUCUAAAUCGAAGGAUGUAACAUCUAACAAAUAUG